UUCCACCCAACACUUGUCCUGAAAAACCUUCCUAAACCAAAAUGGCUCUUUAUUGUCAGGUUACUUCAUCGCCUUCAUUAACUUUUAAAAGAUUGCCGCCUUUAAACAGCUCCUUAGUUGGAUCAUUCGGCAACAUCGUUGGUCGAGCUGGUAGAUCAGUACUCAAAUGUAUAGCUGCAACCAAAACGUCCGACGAAACCACUGUUAGACGAUCAGCCAAUUACCCACCUUCCAUUUGGCCACAUGAUUUUGCUCAAUCACUUACCAGUAACUAUGUGGGAGAACCGUUUGCCAAACGGGUUGAAAAGCUUAAGGAAGAAGUUAGGUUGAUGCUUAAUUCGGUGGAUCCAUUACAUCAACUAGAGCUUAUCGAUGACUUGGAAAGACUUGGAGUAUCUUAUCACUUUCAGGAGGAAAUAAAGAGAAUCCUUAAUAAGAUACACAACAAUAAUUCCAGCAAUUAUAACAAAAGAAAAGAAAGUUUACAUGUAGUAGCUCUUGAAUUCAGACUUUUAAGACAACAUGGCUAUGAUAUACCUACAGAAAUUUUUGAAAAUUUCAGGGAUGAGAAAGGAAACUUCAGGCCAUGCCUCAAAGAUGAUUGCAGAGGAAUUUUNUCCAUCCUCCACCUUCCUUCUUCCUUCUCCCAUCCAUUCACUCUUUUCUUUUUUCUUUCUUGCGUUUUUUUAUAG